AUGCAACACAUCAUCGAUAACCACCCCGACAUGGCCACCGCGCUGCUGGCGGGCGAGAAGCUGAAGGAGCUCAUCCUGCCGGGGCAGCAGGAUGACAAGGCGGGUGCGCUGGCGGCUCUGCUCCUCCAGCUGAAGCUGGAGCUGCCCUUCGACCGCGUGGUCACCAUCGGCACCGUUCUCAUCCCCAUCCUCCUCGUCACUCUCGUCUUCACCAAGAACUUCGCCGAGGAGCCAAUAUACUGUUACACACCACACAACUUCACCCGCGAUCAAGCCUUGUAUGCCAGAGGAUAUUGUUGGACAGAAUUAAAAGAUGCCUUGCCAGGAGUUGAUGCCAGCCACUGGCCCUCCUUGUUUGAGCAUAAGUUCCUACCUUAUGCACUGCUGGCUUUUGCUGGGAUAAUGUACAUUCCAGCUCUGGGCUGGGAAUUUCUGGCCUCUACCAGACUGACUUCAGAGCUUAAUUUUUUGCUUCAGGAGAUCGAUAACUGCUACCACCGUGCAGCUGAAGGGCGGGCACCAAAAAUAGAGAAACAGAUUCAGUCCAAAGGCCCAGGGAUCACGGAGAGAGAGAAGAGAGAGAUCAUUGAGAAUGCAGAGAAGGAAAAAAGCCCUGAACAGAACUUGUUUGAGAAAUACCUGGAAAGAAGAGGACGAAGUAACUUUUUAGCUAAGCUUUACCUUGCGAGACAUUUGCUUAUUAUCUUUUUAAGCAUCGUACCCAUUACAUAUUUAUCCACCUACUACGCUACGCAGAAGCAAAAUGAAUUUACGUGUGCACUAGGAGAGCCUCCAGACAAAACAAGCAGCUCCAAGUUGCACAUCAGAGUGAACUGUAAACUGCCAUCUGUCCAGCUCCAGAGGAUUAUUGCUGGUGUAGAUAUCUUUCUCCUCUGCCUCAUGAACUUGAUAAUCCUCGUCAACUUAAUUCACCUCUUCAUAUUUCGCAAGUCCAACUUCAUAUUUGACAAACUGAACAAAGUUGGAAUAAAGACCAAGAAACAGUGGCAGAAAUCCCAGUUUUGUGAUAUCAAUAUUUUGGCCAUGUUCUGUAAUGAAAACCGAGAUCACAUAAAAUCACUGAAUCGUCUGGAUUUUAUUACAAAUGAAAGUGAUCUGAUGUAUGACAAUGUGGUACGCCAGCUGCUGGCAGCAUUGGCCCAGUCCAAUCAUGAUGCCACUCCAACCAUGCGUGAUUCAGGGAUCCAAACGAUAGACCCAAGCGUCGAUCCAGCAGACAUUGAUGCUAAUGAGCAGCUCAUCAUUAAGAGACCAAGGAAGAAGAUGAAAUGGAUCCCAACUACCAAUCCACUUCCUCAGCCAUUUAAGGAACAGUUAGCCAUUAUGAAGGUUGAAAACCAUAAACCUGAAAAACCGAAGCCUGUGCGGAGAAAGACAGCAACAGACAGUCUUAUAGCUCCUUUGUUGGAGUCUGCUGCAAAAUCCUCACAGCAAUCGUCCGCUCAUAAAUCUGAGCCAAACGCCAUCCCAAGCACAAGCAGUGAAAAAAAACACACACGACAUUUUUCCUUGGAUGUUCAUCCAUAUAUACUCAGUAGCAAAAAACCCAAGCCAGAGAUUCAAGCCAUCCCCUCGAUGCCUACAUCAAAAAGCCAAGAGGGUGGAUUUUUAAACCAGGAAGAGAAUGUCGUAGUACACGUUACCUCCUCUCUCAAAGACACCCCUCAUCCUGCAAAAGAGAUCCUGUACUCAUCUGAGACAUGCAGAAGCGCUCCUGCUGCCGGGGCUUUUGUCACCUGUAACCACAACCAUAUAGCCACCACCACUGCUGCAACGAGUGUGACUUUGAACCAAGUCAAGCCAGAGCCAACACCUGCACUGACCUGCAACCCAUCCCACCCGUUGCUGCACAUCAACACCCUCUACGAGGAUCACGAGGAGGAGGUUUCAAACAUGAUGGACAAUGGUAUCCACUCACCAGCUGACGCUGGAGAAAUGCUCUCCAUCCCUACCCCAAAGCAGAUGAGGUUGGCCACCUUUGAUGAACCAAUGGCAAUGGUGAGCUCAGUGGAGUACUGA